AUGCAGACCAUGCACGCACAUCCCGCUUCCAACGUUGCAAGACCGCAACGAUCGAUGCAUGCCUACCCGAAGCUGAGCUCCGAGAUCGUCCGACCAGUUUUCCAGCGCGAUAUUGCGACGAAGAACGAGUUGGCCAGGUCCUUGAAACGCGGAACCACACGCUCGGACGUUACUAUGCAGCGGCCCGCACUAUCCUGUACUAGUCAAUCAUCAUAUCUCGCUGCUAAACUCACACAAGCUGAGCACCACCUGAAUUCAUCCUACAAUAUCAACUCUCGAUUCACUGACGGUCCUCUAGACUCGGCGAACGCGCGCGCAAGAAAGCACUUCCGUGACUUUGACAUCGAUCAGUCGCAGCCCAAACAAAAGCGUAUUCGACUCAAAACUCAGCGACGACACGAACAGUGUCGAGCUAACCAGGCCCGUUACCGUCUGAAACAAAUCGACCACGCCAAGUGGGUCAAAGAAUCAGUCCUGAAGCUGCGCGCCGAUAUCCCUGUCCUUGAGUUGCAGCGCACCGCACUGCGCCACGGCGGACAGCAAGACGUCUGGAACGCGGUGGUGAAGUACCUCCGCAUCUUUCGCUUCGGUGUUCUGGUGACUCUGCCCCCUGCCGAUAUCGAAGAAGCCAACAUCGCGGACAACAGCAUCGAAAACGAAGAGACUAAACAGCAGCUUGCCUUCUUGCGAUCCACGAUGACGGAGGAUGUCAACCUGGGUGAGCGUACUGGUGUGGAGGCGCUCAUGGAUCAGUGGCGACAGUACUCGACGAGUUUCCAGAACUUGUGCCUUGAGCUGAUUCGCAUGGCGUGCGACCGAUCGGUUUGUUAG